AGUCUAACGUGAUUAGAAAUCAGGCAAACUCUGGCUUCUCUUGAGCUCCACUCCCCCACAGGCUGAAUUAUAGCUCUCCUACCAGUCCCACGGCGCUGAAUGAUGUCAUGGGAUCUGCAGUUCAGCGAGAUGAAAGGGAUAAUGCCGAACCCGCUGGCACUAGGAAAAGCUUCCAACACACACUCCACAACACAGCUUGGGAACCGAGAAAGCUACAGAUCCAGCCACUCAGUCCAAGCACAGGAGAACCACCGGCAUUGCCUCUUUGCAAAAAAAAAAAAAAAAAAAAAGAGGAGGAAAACAACGCGAUCCAUGUUUAACAAAAGAAUGUGUGGACUGAGAGGCGGGAGGGAAACUACCUGCUAAAAGUGAACUUUCUAGAUAUCCCUGCAUAUAUAUAAACUCAGCCCUGCCUUUGAUGUUCAGCAACUGAUCACCGAUCAGAUUACAGGCAUUUCAUCUCCCUGCUCGUCUGCCUUUGAUCUGCAUGGUUAAUUUUAUUUUCCUGGAUUUGAAGUUUCGUCUGGGCUUGUGCUGACAUACAUUUUUGGGAAGGUAGAAGCAUUUGGCAUAGAAGUGCUGCCAAGGAGAAACUAAGUUGCCGAACGGGUGAGUACUGGAAAGAGCUCAGCAUGUUGCAGACUCUUCAAGAGUAAAUACAUUGGAUAAGAACGAUGGCUGUAAAAGUACUACUAGAACAAGAGAAAACUUUUUUUACUCUUGUAGUUUUACUGGGCUAUCUGUCAUGUGAAGUAAUUUGUGAAACAGGAGACUGUAGACAACAAGAAUUCAGGGAUCGGUCUGGAAAUUGUGUUCUCUGCAACCAAUGUGGGCCAGGCAUGGAGUUGUCUAAGGAAUGUGGCUUCGGCUACGGGGAGGAUGCACAGUGCGUGACAUGCCGGCCGCACAGGUUCAAGGAAGACUGGGGCUUCCAGAAAUGCAAGCCGUGCCUGGACUGCGCGCUGGUGAACCGCUUUCAGAAGGCAAACUGUUCAGCCACCAGCGAUGCCACCUGUGGGGACUGCUUGCCAGGAUUUUACAGGAAGACAAAGCUGGUUGGUUUUCAAGACAUGGAGUGCGUGCCCUGUGGAGACCCUCCGCCCCCUUACGAACCACACUGUGAGUGAACGCGGUACAAACAGAGCCCCAGGGACAACUGGCCCUUUUAAAAUCUUUUUAAUUUUUAAGCCUGUCUUCAGUUGGCACAUGGAGCAAAAUCUGUCUCUCCUGUGGAGUUUACAGUGUGUACCCUUUUAUCAGUCUUCCAGCGGGACAUAAAGCCCUUUUGUUGUGCGCCUCCAUCAGCAAACUGUGCCCGUUGAUUUGAAUCUCAAAGUGAAACGCAGACGUUUGCUGCUGCUCUGCUCCAUUCAAAUUCUUAUCUCUCCUUCUAGAUAUAUAAAGCAGGAAACUCCAAUUAACCAGGAGGUCCAGAGCUUAAUGUGGAAUAUCCUUGGGCCACGGCCCCGUGAAUUCCCGGUGUACCCUUUUUAGUUCCCAGACGUAAUCAUCUGGUGGCAUCUCUCUUUGCCUUUCCAGAAAAGCUCCUCUCCGUAAAUCACCUCUGCCUUGUUAAUGGAUCAUUGAGUGGAAUUUUAGUUCACUCCAUUCAUUUUUGCAUUUUUGUCACUUAACAAGUAAAUGAGAAGAGGGAACUCAUGCACGCUGGGGAUACAACUGUUAAGUGACAAAGUCGUGCCUUUUCCUCUUUACGUUUUCCUCUUUAGGUUAUUGCUCCUCUUUAUGAUCUUUUUGACCAUGUAUUUUCCUUAGAUGUAAAAGGCAUUUGCUACAAGUGAUCAAUCUGCAUUGAUUUUGAAUAGGAAAAAAUGGCUGCUCACUCUUCUUAAUGCCAGGUUGGAACCUGGCCAGUGAAUCCCCUUGGGGAUGGGACAGGGAGGGAGGCAGCAGGAGGCAGCAGGAGCUCCUGCUGGCCAGGCAGCACGCUUGUCUGUGCCCACGCAGGGCGUUGGUGAUCUGUGCUUCAGGGUACACAAGAAACAGCUGGGUCCAGGAGAGAGGCUGGAGGAGGGAAGGAGCUUUAUCACUGCAAAGGUUGCUCAUGCUUUUCUGGGGAGCACUGUUUUCAUAUAAUUUCCAGUGUAUGGGAUCUGCCUAUGCUUCUCUCUCUGACAGAAUUCCCCUCUGAACCGCUUAAAAGUUAGUGCAUCAGUCGAUAAAGCCGGUUGGCACUUCUCAGGGAUGCCAUGGAAUUUUGCAGCCCAUAUUAUUGUGCCCUUUACCAAAAUGCAUUGCUUUCUCUUCUUCCUUUAAAGUGAUAGAAAAGCAAAAAGUUGGAAGACUUUCAACCUUUUAUUAAAAAGACAUAUCGAUUAUAUAAAAUGUAUAUUCUUUAAAAUAUAAAAUAUUUAUAUUUUAUAACUUUUGUAAAAAAGAUAUAUCGAUCUUGAUUUUUAAAAUAGGCUAACAUUCACCACGUACUCCACUGCAGUUAACGAAUGCAGUGUCGAGUGCCUGUUACGGCUCGGUCACAAGGCAGGUGCUUUACUUACUCUUCUCAAUAAUCCUAUGGUCGGCCUGACUUGUGCCUGAAGACGUCAGUCCAGAGAGGGUGGCUGGGAGAGGGCAGAGGCAGUAUUCACGUCCCAGUCUGUCUCGCCCCAGAUAGCGUGCUCUUCCUCCACCCCGGCUGUGCUCUACGAAAACCCAAGCCCUCCAAUCUGUCCUACAUGGUGACAUUCGUUACCAUAUUGUGUUAUUUGUUUUAACAUUCAUCACUCACUUAACAAAAAUUCUCAAAAUCUAACAUGUGAGAGACAUUGAAAGAGCAUCUUUACGCGGCUACGCAGCCCAUAAAAGGACAUGUCCUCUUGCCGGCUGAAAGCCCAGCCACCCUUUUGUCAAUAAGGCAAGUUACGAUUACGUACUUUAUCCCAAACUACCGUACAGAGAUUCAGGAAAGAGGCCAGUCUUGCCCAGUCUGGAGUGGGAAAGUACUAGGAGGUUUUUUUUUCUCUUUAAUUUUGGGGGUUUAAGUUUAAUAUAAUCCAGUCAAAUGUCUGAGGCUUUGGAAUUUUUUGACUUCAGGGUUCUGGCUAAGCUUAAAUGUCACAAAUUUGCCUCUGAAGGUUGAUCUCACAUGUAACUUUUAGUGUCUCGUGAAGUUCUUAGUAAGUUGCGAUUUUGAAAAGAAAACUUAUAUAUAUAGACAUAUAUAUUUCUGCAUAUAUAAAACUUUUUAGAAAGCAAAGAAAAACAGAUUAUUUGUCAAAGUCAAAAACGCAGUGUGCGUAGCAGCUAACAGUCUUUCAACUCAUAAAGGGAGACAGUCCGGCGGUCUGUAGUGAGCGUUAGUCCUUAUCUCUAGAAAGAAAGUUUGCUGCCUUUGGCACGGUUCUUGAGAAUUAUUCCAGAACACAACUAAUCUCCUCAAAGGAGAUUUAAAGUCUUCUGUGGAAAUUAUGGAAGGCGCCUUAUGUUUUCAUUGCUUCUACUUUGGGCUUUUAAAACUCAUCCACAAAGCACUGCUGUUUCAGAGGUCUCUCCUCCCCCUGAGAAGUUCCUGCACCGUUUUGCUUCCCAGCUAUAAGAAAGCGAUGCCAGCCAGCCGGGCGCGGUG